AUUGCACGAAUGCAUAAUUACAUCGUCAGUUUUGUGUGUACAUUUGAUAGCCAUGUACGUGUAGUUUUUUGUUCUGUCAUAGAUUUAUUCUUUAUUAUUUAAUAUUAUAACAUGUGUUAUUAUCAUCUGUAACCAAUUGGAGUGUCAGUUGUUUUAUGUGCAAUCAUGGAGGAAAACAGUAAUACGAAUGGAGAUGGCAAACUGGACGUGAGACAGCUGAGUAAGAAGCGGGAGGCGGACUGGCCUGCUGUUUUGUUUUUCAUUCAUAUCCAUCUUCUGUCUUUGUAUGGUCUGUGGCUGUUACUCUACGAGGUGCAAUGGCUGACGGUGCUCUUCUUAAUGUUCCUGACGUCAAUCGCGGUUUUGGGAGUGACAACCGGCGCGCACCGCCUCUGGGCGCACAGGGCGUACAGAGCCUCCACUGGGCUGAGGAUCACACUGAUGCUGUUCCAAACUAUGACCGGACAGGGUUCAGUUUACGAAUGGGUCCGCCAUCACAGACUACACCACCAACUAUUCUCGACGGACAACGACCCUUACGACUACAACAAAGGGUUCCUGUACUCACACAUUCUCACCCGCUUAUGGAAGCUGAGCCCUCAGCAGGAAAUGUUGAGGGAAAGCAUCGACAUGUCCGACUUGGAAAAAGACGGAGUAGUUAUGUUUCAAAAGAAAAUGUACUGGCUAUUAUACUUAGUACUGUUCCUCUUGCUACCGCUGAAUGCUCCCCUGGAAUAUUGGAAUGACACCAUACUUAGCGCCGUGUUCGUGAUAGGAUUCUUACGCUAUGGCAUCGUACUCCAUGCCUCGUGGCUGGUGGAAAGUGGCAUCAGCGUCUGGGGCCUCAAGCCGGGACAAAAAUCUCCGCCAGAUUCAAACUCCGUAUUCAUUUUGUCCAAAACAUUUUGGCCACACUAUCACUACUUGGUGCCCUAUGAUUACAAAUCUGGAGAAUACGGCACAUAUGAUACGGGUUGUUCAACGGCCUUUAUCCGUGUGUGGGCGGCCCUGGGCCUCGCCACAAAUCUCCGCACGGUCGACACGCCAACACUGCAGAAGGCCCUGGCCAUAACAGCAAAAACCCAGCUACCCCUUCAAACUUGCUUAGACCAGUUAGCCGACAAAACCAAUAGAGAGGACCACUAUCUUAAGAGAGGUUAAUAUUAAAUUAGGUUAUUUCGUGAAAUAUAUUUUUUUAUGUUGAUAUUA